UUUCUGAUUUGUUUACAGUGACAAAGUGCAAUCUCUCUGCUACUUACAACUAACACGGCAGCUGAUUUCCUGUGCUGCUGAUGGAGGUAUUGUAGUUUGGAACAUGGAUGUUCAGAGAGAAGAGGCUCCCCAAUGGCAGGAAAGUGAUUCUUGUCAAAACUGUAAACAGCCAUUCUUCUGGAACUUAAAACAGAUGUGGGACACAAAGAGCCUUGGUUUGCGACAGCAUCACUGCAGAAAAUGUGGCAAAGCUAUUUGUGGGAAAUGCAGUACCAAGUGUACGACCUACCCGGUGAUGGGCUUUGAGUUUCAGGUGCGAGUCUGUAAUGACUGCUUUGACACCAUCAAGGAUGAAGAUCGAACUUCUUUGGCAACAUUCCAUGAAGGCAAACAUAAUAUCGCACACAUGAAUCUGGACAAUGCAAGAGGAUUGAUGGUAACCUGUGGAAGUGAUCGCAUUGUGAAGAUCUGGGACAUGACACCAGUCAUUGGCUGCAGUAUGGCUACAGGGUUUUCUUCCCGUUGACCUCCGACCUCCAAUAGCACUGCACCUUUGACGUGUACAUGUAGAACCAAUUCUACUUGCAUGUUACCAUGGAGACAGUGCUAUUAAAGUUGAGUAGAGAUUCAGAUGAUAAACUCCUACUUUGCCCAAAGGACCGAAUAAAUAUUCACUUGAGUAAACACGGAUUGUGCCCAAUGCUAGAAGCACAGGAAAAAAAACUGCAAAAGAUAUGAAAAAGAAAACUACCUUUCUAACUAAAAUUGUAAAAUAGCAUCAUAUAAGAUAAGAGUAUAUUUGUUCUAUAUUUAUUCUGUGCAUAACCUAACAUGAUUUAAUUAAAUGUCUUUAAUGAAGAAAAAUUGUGCAAGAUAAUUUUUAGAUAAAAAUGUGUCAUUUAUCCUAGCCAUAAUGCCAUUUAGGUGUUGUAAGCUGGUGAUUCCUGGUCUGUUUACAGUACGAUGGUUUUCAGUGUUUGCUUUAUUUGUAUACUGCAAAUUCCUGUCGUAUGCAGUUUGUGACCAGGCAUUGAUAAACAGGGGCACUUUAUGGGGGAAAUGUAAGCUGCAUUUUUAUAAUGACACAGGAAAUAUUUGUGAUUACAGAAAAAUCACCUAUACCCAUUAAUCAAUUUGCUUCUCUCUUCAACUGUGAUAAGCAAGAAGCAAUUUUUUCCCCCUUUGACACUUACAUAAAUGAGUACAUUCCCUUUUGCUGUGGAGUGCUCUGAUUCAGGAGGAUGGGAGAUUUGAUUUUUUCAUGAGCACAUGCAAAAGAUAUGGUCAUGUUCUUCAGCAUUUUCACUUGCAGAAAACAUCUUAAUGAAGAAACCUCCACACAGUUUGCGAUAUUUUGAAUUACAAUCGUUAUUUAGCUAUAUUCUGUUAACACUAGUGUUGCAGAAGCAAUCAGCGUUCAUUAUAUACUGGUUAUAAUUCCACUAAAAACACAUGUAUCCUUUCCCUCAAAUUUGAUGAUGCCAGUGAGUUAAUGCUUUUGCAUUUCAGAUGUUUGCUAUAUUACUUUAGUACACCCCAGGCUCAGCAGAAUUGAUUUCAUGUUAUCAUUUUCUGCAUUUAACGGUUUACAAUAAGAGAAGAAUGGAAAAUACAGCGCUGUAUUUGAGAACAGCCAAUGUAUAAUUAAAAGAUGUGAAUGAUGCACUGCAAAUUUUGCCCUGCAUUAUGUUAUGUCCUCCUAAUAGUUAAUCAAAGAAGAAAUUACUUAUCUACAAUUGUUGCUCUCUUUAUCUUUUGAAAAAUCAUUCAAAUUUCUUUGCCUAAAAUAAUUUUCCAGUUUAGUUUUGGGGAAGAGUUCAGAUGAGGAUUAGUCUUAGAGUGCUGUUGUCUUGUACUGCAUUGUCACACUAGAAGGGGAUGGGAGCAAUGACAUAAAGUAAGCCACUGCAAAAUGAUAAAAUGCAGCUAUGAAUCUUACAGAGUAAUUAAAUGACAAUUGUUUCAAAUCUUUAUCUGUCUGAAGUGAGAUUUAUUUUUGUCUUAUUUGUUUGACAUUCCCUCCUUUUGAUAGUUAAAAUAGACAAAUGAUAUUUUGCCCAAUAGAUUUUAUUUUUAUUUUAAACUGUGCACUAUUUCAAGACUUAUGUUUUUAAAUGCACUGUUUUUGACAUGUUUUCCUUUUAACUGGUAUCGAGAUAAAAAUAUUAAAAUAUUUUUGUUAAAUAUUAAUGAGAAACCAGUCCCUUCAUCUUCCAAAACUUAAUUUUUGUAUUUUCCCAACAUGUACUGGUACCUGGGUGCUAAUUGAACACUGAGUCUAGAUCCCUUUCACAUCUCCUCCUCCCACCCCACAACAUUCAAAGUUCUACUUUGCUGAAUAACCUAUUACUGGAAUGCUUUCCUCCAUUUGAAGUAUUGUCAUAUGCCAUAUUGGAAAUACGUCAGCUCAACUGAAACUUGGAAAACUUAAUUUGUGCAAAGAUUUGAGAAGUAUAAAUGGAACUGCACUGUUGAAACUGUACACUGAUUGCAAUGAUGAACACUGACUCUUUGAAGGAACACCUAUUAUGACUGUGUUUUUAGACAGAACACUUGCAUAGUCUCUGUGAAGAUCUCCCUGUAAGUAUAUUGUACAAAAUAGUACCAUUGCUCAAUGGCUUGGUAUUUCACAUAAAAAUCCACAAUUACUUUAUGUGGGUGCUGCUGAAUUUAAUGAUUUGUUUCUGCUCUGUUUAUAUGCUGUACAAACUUGUAAGUAACUAGCUGCCAUAAAAUAAACUAACAUCCAAAACAUGAA